AUGAAGGAGAAAUUCAACGAAGGGCUUCAACCAGUCAACAAUGUCAAAGACUUUGUAUCAAUAGCUAUGAAGAGCGAGCCAACCGCUGCUAUCGCCUGGCUAGGUAUCACGACAUUGAUAGAUCUCGUUGCAAACCCACUCACUGAACCAGGCAUCAACCGCGACGGAGUCAGAUACGUCCUCGAACGAGUUGAAUGGUACUGGGAGUUGGCACAACUCUUGCUCGACCCGGGCAAGGUUGAUGGUUCCAUCAUCAGGUUACAAAGUCUCCUUAGGCGCAACGUCAUCAAACUCUACAAGAAGCUGCUGCUAUAUCAAAUGCAGAGUGUAUGCCUGUACAACAAACACUGGGCUGCCGUCAUCGUCAGGGAUCUCUUCAAAGGAGACGAUUGGCAGAACAAGGUCGACUCGAUUAAGAAAGCCGAGGCUUCCUUACGAGACGACGUGAAUCAGCACAACUCCGAAGAGCUCAAAUCUCGACUUCGGAGGAUCGACAACACGCUUGGCCGUUUACGCCUAGACGUUAAGGCAGUAGAAUCGGCCGUCCAAGUCCAGACCCAGGUGCUGCGCCAGGUCCAUCACGACGAGAACGACCAGAAAUGCCUCCAAGAUCUACGCAUUGUCGACCCCGAAGCCCAUAAGGAGAACAUCGAGAAGACAAUAGGCGGCCUGCUCAAGGAUUCGUACUACUGGAUUCUCGACCACGACGACUUUCGGCGAUUCCGGAAUGAUCCAGAGAGCCGAUUACUAUGGAUCAAAGGCGACCCGGGAAAGGGGAAGACGAUGCUUCUAUGCGGUAUCAUUAACCACCUCAAGCAGGAGACGUCCCAGGUGUUGUCGUUUUACUUCUGUCAAGCCACACAGAGCGAGCUCAGGAGUGCAGUAUCCGUGCUCCGUGGCCUCUUAUGGCUUCUCUGUGACAGGCAGUCGCAGCUGACUUCAUUCGUCCGAUCUAAGUACGACAACCAAGGCAGCAAGCUCUUUGAAGACGGCUAUGCAUUUGAGUCUCUAAAAAGGAUCUUUCUCGACAUGCUCAAGGACCCUUGCUUGCGAGAGGCUGUCUUCGUUGUUGAUGCUCUAGAUGAGUGCUCAGACGAUAGCAGGAAAGAUCUCAUUGAUUUCAUUCUCGAGGCGUCCCGCCACUCCUCCUCCAAAUGGGUCGUGUCUAGUCGCAACUUGCCGUCAAUUGAGGUGCAGUUUCAAGACUCCGAGAACAUUAGGGACGAUGUGCGCAACAAGCUGCUACUCAAGGCCAACGACACCUUUCUUUGGGUAGCCCUGGUGUGCAAAGAGUUGGCACGUCCCGAGGUCAAAGCCCGGAAUACCAUUGACAAGCUGGAUUCUAUACCCGGAGGACUUAGCGAACUCUACCAGCGCAUGCUGGAACAAGCUUUCAUGUCGGAAGAUGGAGAUAUAUGCCGGAAAAUCCUUGCUACGGAAUGUAUCACUUAUCGCCCCAUUUCAUUGGACGAACUGCGAACUCUUGUGGCAGACACCAAGGACUUCAGUGACAAGGAGUUGAAAGAGGUUAUUGGAGAGUGUGGCUCAUUUCUGACUCUUCAAGAGGACAUUGUCUAUUUCGUGCAUCAAUCGGCCCAGGAUUUCCUUACCGACAGUGCCAAGAGCGAUAUCUUCCCUUCCGGUAUCCAAGAUCAACACUACCUCAUAUUCCGGCGAUCGUUGGACGCUUUGAUGACACUCACUCGCAAUAUUUACAAUCUGGAAUUCUCAGGAGACCUUUGCACCGAGAUUUCGUGCCCGAAGCCUGACCCGUUAUCUCAUCUUCGCUAUUCCUGCCUGCACUGGGUGGACCACCUUGAAGUAAUCAAAGGAAAUAGGAAUCAAUCAGACGAUGAGGCCAUUUCCAGGUUCAUAGGCAAGAGGUUCCUGUAUUGGCUGGAGGCUCUCAGCCUACAAGGCCAAAUGCCGCAAGGAGUAAAAGCAGUACAGACGCUGAAGGAGAUCAUAACCAAUACAGCAGCUCCAGGCCUAGACAGUCUGGUGGAAGAUGCGCGACGAUAUGUGCUUUCUCAUGGAGGCGUGAUUGCGAUUGCUCCGUUACAAGCUUACGCAUCAGCACUCGUUUUCAGCCCUGAGUACAGCCGAAUUAGAGAACUGUUCAAGAAGGAGGAGCCGGAUUGGAUGGUAUUGAAGCCAAGAAUGGGGGCAGAUUGGAACGCUUGCCUGCAGACGCUCGAGGGCCAUGGCGACCGGGUGACGUCGGUGGUGUUCUCGGCAGAUGGCCAGCGUCUUGCAUCUGGCUCAGAUGAUAAGACAGUCAAGAUCUGGGACGCGGCCACGGGCCGCGUCUUUGACGACUACGGCGCUUCGUGGUUGACAGACGGGAGGAAUCGAGAGAUACUGGCGGGGACGCAUGACGCCCUGCUCCGACAGAUCGAAGAGAGGGCGGAUCUACGGCAGGUAUUCGUGCGGCUGGAUCCAGACGGUGGGGUUCGCCUCUGCCCCAAGGCGAUAGCUAUCUAUGAGGCGCAUGUUCAGGAGUUCCUCAAGAGGAUGCUGGCACCCAUCUCGGUUCCUUCGGGCCCUCCAUUACGCUCCCCAGAACUACUCUCCAUCACGUACAUCAACACGGGUGCCCGCCGCCGAUCGGUAUUUCUGUGGGAGAAGAUGGUCAUGAUAUAUGUGCGAUACAGUAAAAGCCAGGAACAGACCGGGGAGGAGAAGGAUAACAUCAGGUUCCUACCCCCGGCCGUCGGAAACCUCCUCUUGACAUAUCUCGCACGACCCCUAUUCCCUGGAACAGCUGAAGAGUCCGCGAGUCAAUCAUCUCAUUUCUAUUGUCUCCUCGCAAACCGAGUACAGUUCCUACGCGAACAGUCCAGUGUCAUCGGCCAGAGCACCAGCAUAGCCCGCGCAACAUUAUGCGAGCUGUUGGCCAUCAAGAUCCUGCGCAACUUUCACGACGAUAAUCCAUGUCUAGACGGUCUCCUCUUACUUUCCAAGAUCCUGGUUCAAGGGUUUGACCCCUUCCAUGGUGCUCCGCCUGAAGUCGAACAGUACGGGCGCUAUCCGCAAUGGCCGAUUCAGAAGCGUGGCGGCCAUGAGAGGAAGCUGACUGCGCUCGAACUCGCCAUCAUAUCCGAGAGCAAGACCUUUGCCAGUUCUUCAGGGUGUAGACGUGUUAUAGAUGCAGUGUACCGUGGAAAAAUCGUCUACACGCCUCUCUCGUUCGUUGAUAUUCUCCCCAACCAUUAUGAGUAUCUUCCAGUGUCUCUGUACGAACCGCGCAAGGCGCCGCUGCUUGACCAUCAUCGUCUCGCCGUUCCGCGCACCCGGUACAUAAUCGAGCUAGUGCACUACAUCAUACUCACUUUUCUCUAUGUUUGCACGAUGCGGUAUCGGGAUCCCGAAAACCUGACUGGCAAUGAGGUAGUCUUCAUUCUAUACUCUGCCGGCUGGGUUCUUCACGAACUCGCUGCCAUCAUUGAACACGGAUGGAUGAUACAUUCGCAGACUUUAUGGUCAUUCUUAGACCUUUCAUACACUGUCAUCUUCAUGGCUUACAUCACAGUUCGGGCCUAUGAGCUGGAUGUAAGCAGCGUGCAGAAUGGCUUGGCACAUAAUAUACUGUGUCUCGCAGCCCCAAUCCUUCUGGCCAGACUGGCCUUCAACAUUCUACCAGACCAUAUUGUCUUUAUUUCGCUCCACGCCAUGAUGAAGGAGUUUUUGAUCCUCACAUUUCUCGCCAUAUGGUGUUUCACUGGGUUCCUGUUGGCACUGCAGUGGCUUUCUCCAGGAGAUGGCUCGAUUCCAAACGACUUCACCAUCAUCAAAUGGCUGCUGUGGAUCUGGUUCGGACUGGAUGGAACAGGAAUUGAGGAAUCUGUUCAGUUUCACGUCAUUUUAGGACCGGCACUGACAAUUACCUUUGCCUUUCUCGGCAAUACUUUAUUUCUCACGAUUCUUGUCUCGCUCCUCACCAACCGUUUCAGUACCAUAGUCACAUCUGAGGAUGUUGAGAUCCAGUUUCGAAAAACCGUCCUCACAUUUGAGGGCGUGAAAAGCGACGCUAUAUUUACGUACCCGCCACCGUUCAAUCUCUUUGCUCUGCUGAUACUGCUUCCUAUCAAACAAUUCCUGUCGCCACUCGAGUUCUACUCGAUUCACGUCUUUCUCGUACGACUUGUCAAUGCGCCUCUAUUGUUUUGCGUCGGUUUCUAUGAACGCCGACGCCUAUGGACCUUUGGACCUGAUGCAGCCAAAGUGUCGAGAAUGUGGAAGUUCACAGGCUUCUCACCGCACGGCGACAUACAGGCUGUAUUUGAAGUCGAAGCCCCGGCCGAAGUUCUGCGAGAGGCUAAUGAAUUGGAUGGGUUGAGCGAAAUGGGUUUUUCUGAUGGUGAUGCCGUGUCAAGGCUCUCUCGAGAAAGGGAAAUUAGAGCACCGGUUGUAUUUAACCUAAGUAAUGCAGGGACAUAG